AUGUAUCAACAAAAAAGCACCAGGAGGCAGCUGGUGCUGCAGGUGGUUGUGCAGGUGUUUUUCUCAACCACCUGCUCGUGUGACCAGCUGUUGAGCAGAGUGGUGACCACCAAGUAUGGCCCCAUACAAGGAGUUAUCCGCCAACACUCAUCAGCAACACUCCCCGCCGUAGAGGCGUUUUUGGGAGUACCCUACGCCAGCCCUCCUACAGGGGAAGGACGGUUUACCCCAACUAGCUCCCCAUUGCCAUGGGAUGCGGUGAAAAAAUGCACAGAACUUCCCCCUGUGUGUCCACAGCAACUCCCCCAUUUGGGGUACCCUGGAGGGUCUCUCCCACCUGAUCGAAUGCAAUAUCUCAGAUCUGAGAGUCGAAAACUUGAGCGUCAGAGCGAAGACUGCCUCUACCUCAACAUCUACGCGCCUCAUGACGGAGGCGGAUCGUACCCCGUUAUGGUGUUCAUCCAAGGCGAAGCCUUCUGGUGGGGCUCCGGGAACUUGUACGAUGGAACCGUGCUGGCCAGCUAUGGCCGGUUGGUAGUGGUCACGCUCAACUACAGGCUGGGACCUCUAGGAUUCCUGAAUACAUCACCGACGGGGUCAACACGCAAGGUGGUGGGCAACCAGGGGCUGAUGGACCAGCUUGCCGCGCUGUCGUGGGUGCACGAAAAUAUUGCGGCUUUUGGUGGCGAUCCCGGCAGAGUGACGUUAUUUGGACAUGCAGCAGGGGCGGCCUGCAUCACCUACCUCAUGGUGUCUCCGGUGCUGGUGCCAGGUUUGUUUCACCGGGCCAUCCUGAUGUCAGGCUCAGCUCUGAGCUCCUGGGCUGAGGUCCAAGAUGGCAUCUCUGUGACGGCUCGCCUGGCGCGGGCGCUGAACUGCUCCCUACCCUCAGAUCUGAGGGAGCAGCACCCAGAGACCAUCGUGUGUCUCAGGAACUUGUCCGCCCAGACGCUCGUCAACGCGCCGCUCCCCAAGUACAAGUUUGCUUCACUCUUCGGCCCCAGCGUCGACGGUGUCGUCGUUACCGCUGACUACAGGAUCAGGCUCGCAAGGGAACUGAAAGACAGAAACUUGUCCGUAAUCUUGGGAGUGACAGAGGGCGACGCUUAUCCGGAGCUGACACACCGUCAAGCCACCGAGGGACUCAACAUGAAGGAGCGCAACAGGAUCUUCAGGACGUUCGUGCGCAACUCCUACGACCACCAUCUCCAAGAGAUAUAUUUAGCCAUGUGCAAGGAGUACACGGACUGGGGAAAUCCUUCUCAUCAUCCCAUCGAGGUGCGCGAUCUUGCGGUCGAGGCUCUCAGCGACGGUGGAUUUGUCGCUCCCAUGACACGCACGGCAGCCGUGCUGAGCCAGCGUGCCGACACCUACGUCUACGUCUACGCUCACCACGACGCAGAUCAUCAG